AUGGAGCUCCGGUCCCCGCCCGCGGGCGUCGCGCAUUUUCAGGACCUCGAGCACGCGGACCUGGAUGAACUUUGGCGCCCACCGUCACAGGGGCGCUUGGGGCGCCUCCAGGAUUCCGCCGUGGAGCCCCGCUCGCCGGGCGGCUGGCUCUCCGCGCGGCAGCGCUCGUCCGGGUCGUUGUCGCAGAGAUCGUCGGUGUACUUCGAUGCGCUGGAGGGCGACGAGCCGCUGACGCCCACGCCCACGGAGUCCAUCCUCGGUCUCCCGCAGCCGCGCGGGGCCUGCAGACGUGUGCGUGCAUGCGUGCGCCGGGCGGCGUGGACGCUGGCCGAUGGCCGUGCGCCUGCGGCUGCGGCGCUGUCCCUGGGCGCGGGGGGCUACUGCCUGGCGCUCGCGGAGGCAUCGGGCGAGGCGCCCUGCGAGGGCGAGGACGGGGUGCAGAUCCUCGCGCCCCUGCUCGCGGGCUGCCUCGCGGCCGCGGCCCUGCCCCUGCGCUUCUGGUGCGCCAGCGGGCUGAUCGGAGGCUGUCUCUUGAGCCUUGCCCUGGCCGGCCCAUGCAGUGAUCCCCGCGAGGAGGGCGCCCGCGGCGCCUGCCAGGCACUGGCCUACGCCGGAGCUGGCCUGGCUUUCCUGCCCCACCUGCGGCAGCUGGCGGUCGGCAGGGGGCCUGGCCGCGGCGGCCUGGGCCUGGGCCUUGCGCUCUCUGCGGGGCUCGCCGGAGGCGCGGCGGCCAGGCGGAGGUGCCCGCUUGCGGACGGCCGGCUGCCGGCGGCGGCCGCGCAGUUGGUAGCCCAGCUGCUCCUCGAGCCUGUGGCGGCCGCACUGCCGACACGCAACGGCAGGCGGCUGUUGCCGUCCGCUAUGGCAGCAAGGGCUGCCUGGUUCUGGCGCCUGGCCGUGGCACUGUCAGGUCUCGCUUGCGCAGCCCGGCGUUUGGGGGGGCCGUGGCCGCUCGGCGCCGCAGGCGCGAUGGCUCCGCAGGCGGCCCUGUCGCCAGCGGUAGCAGGACUGGCGUGCUACGUGGCUGGCUGGGAUGAGGUGCGGGCUCUGCAGCUGAUCAGUGCCGUGCUCGGCGUCGGUAUGCUGCUACUGCCAGUGCGAGAGGCUGGGGGCGAGGGCGUGGCUGCCCAUGAGGCUGCGUUGCGGCAGCUGCUGCUUGCUGCAGUGCCCCUGGCUGGCGGCGCAGUGGGUGCGUGCAGCCGCGGGCUCUCGAGCCAGCAUGUCGCCGCCGGCCUCGCCCUGGCGGUGCUCGCAGCCGACAGGGCCUGUGCAGAGCUCUGCAGAUCCAGCUGGGCGCUGGGCGGGCUAGGCCCGCUGGUGGCCGCGGGCCUCUGCUCCAGGCUUCCGCGGGUGCGCGGCGGCGGUGGACUCGGCGAGCUGCCCGAGGGCCGCAUGGGCCUGCGGACCGAGGCGAGGCUGGGCCGGCAGCUCACUCCGCCACCCGCGCAGCAGGGCCGCGAGGAUCUUGUCCACGAGCUCCGGCGCCUGACGUCUCGCCUGUUGCAGCCCGUGGUGCCGCUCGCAGCGAUGCCUGCGGACGACCCUGCCUUCUUCAAUAAGAUCCUUGCGGAGCUGUGGCCCUACGUCUGCGGCUUUGUGGAGAAUGACAUCCUUCGGGGCGAGGUGCAGGCCGUCGUGCACAGGGAGGUCACUGGCGCUCUGCAGUUCGACCGCGUGUCCUUGGGCAGCGAGCCGAUCCAGGCGCACCGUUCCUGGGUGCUGCCGCCAACAUCCCGCGACAAGGCCAUCACCCUGGCGCUGGACGUGGAGCUCGAGGGCAAGGACAUUGACAUGACGCUGAAGCUUGUCGUGAGCAGAAUAAACGCCCUUUCCGUAAGCGUCAAGAGGCUCUCCAUCCGUGGCAUCCUCUUCGUGUCGUUUCGGCACGUGGUCCCGCACCUCCCGUUCAUGCAAGGUCUGAACGUGUACUUUGCUAACCCACCCCAGAUAGAGAUGGAACUGAGCUCGCCGUCUGGCGCCGUGUCGCUGCUGCCAGAGAACGUGCGGGCGGGCCUGGUCGCGUCUGUAUCGCGCGGCAUAUCGCGGACGCUCGUGCUGCCGAACAGGGUGGCGGUGCCGUUUGGGCGCCUGUGGCCCCUCCACCGUCUGAAGUUCGCGCGGCCGGAGGCGCUGCUCAGAUGUCGGGUGCUUGGCGUGCGGGGAGCCCCUCAUGGACAGGGCCACCUGGAGGGCCUCACGGGGUACGCCCCGGAGCAUAGAGCUCUGUAUUGCCGCCUGCAAUUGGGGGCCCAGAUCUGGGACAGCCGGGAGGCCCGCAGCAGCGACGGCGACUUCAUGUGGGACGAGAGGGCCGCUCUCGUGGUCGACCAGCAGGCCAACCAGGAGCUCUCCGUCACCCUGCACGAGCGCCACACGCUCAGCGACGUGCAGGUCACGGGUCCGCGCACGCUGGGGAUCAUGGAGGUUAGCUCGCGCAGCAGCCGGCAGCACGCGCCGCUCUGGCCACUGCCCUGCGCGGAGGGGUUGCAGGGCAGCCCGCGGCUGCUCCUCUCGGCGGCGUUGCACCCGCUGACGCGAAGCAGGGGCGCGCUCUGCGAGGGCCUGGGUUCGCUGUUGGUGGUCACAGUGGACAGCCUGCGCCAGGUGCCGGCGGCGUACGAGGGCAAGAGCGUGCUGCUGCGCGCUUUCGUGGUCGACGAGGGCUGCCGCCCCGACCCGACGGCCGAGCCAGAUGCGCAGACGACUCAGGCACGCUGCUCGCGCGUGCCACCUUCGGAGAGGUCGAGGUGCAGGAUGCAGCGCUUGCUCGCCCGCAAUUUCGAGGGCGCCGAGUGCUCGCGUUGGGCGGCGGAUGGCGUGGACGAGGAAGGAGGGCCGCAGAGCAGCUCUGACGAGUCCGGCAGCGACCAUGACCCCGCCGAGGCGCCCGGCGCUGGCUUCAUCGCAGCAGACGCGUCCCGGUGGGCAGAGCGGCUCCAGUACCUCUGGCGCCACUUCCGCGCAGCGGAUCACCAGCACCUCAGCGACUGGGUCGCCGAGGACCGCGACGCUCGAGUGCACGUACUGGCGGGCCUGCUGGGCGUUCCGUGUUGGGAGGAGGCGCGGCUCGGGCAGCUGGUGGACGACCUGGUAGCAGAGGAGACCCCGGGGCUGCAGCAGCAGGCCAUCCGCCACAGGCUGGGAAGUAGCCUCGGCGCUCGCCUGCGCACCUGGGCCCGCGGCGGAGGCGCUCCCUCCGGGGGCAACCGAGGCGGUGCGGCCGCUGCGGAGGCGACCCGGCCGCCGCGCCGGCAGGCGCCGCCAGCCCCGCCGCACCCAGCGACGCCAGAGGCUGCCUGCAAUGCGCCAGAGUGCCUCUGGCGCCAGCAGCUGAGGCUGGCGGUGGCGGCGCCAGCAGCGCGCGAGCUGUACCUCGAAGCCCUUCACGUCACGAAGCGCUCGGAGGCCCGCUCGCUGGGUCACUGGCGCUGCUCCCUGCGAGAGCUGAUGAUCGCUGGGCGCAUGGCCGAUCCGAUGCGCAGCCGCGCGCUGGAGCCAGGCGGGGGCCCGCACCCGCAGGGCAGCAGCGCCGUGCCCGCCGGGCCGAGGGGGCUGCGGGAGCUGCCCGAGCUCCUCGCGCAGGUGGAGCUGUUCCACCUGCUGCCCGCCCGCGUCGACCUGCCCGAGUGCGGGGGCGCCGCCGCGGCGUCGGCGGGCCCCCCGGGGAAGUGA